AUGUCUGACGACGACUGGGAUGACGACUAUACUAGCGACGACGUGGAAUAUGAUGACGAUCCGUAUGAAUAUGACGACGAUGGAGACCAAGAAGAGGAGGUUGUUGAGGAAGAGGACGAAGAUGCCAAUCAAACCGAAGACGUGGAGGAAAUCGACGAUGACAAUGGCUCUGAGGCGGAAGGAGAGAAUGAUGAUGAGGACCAGGAGCGCGGUACGGGUUCGAUGUCCAACUACGAAUAUGCCAAGCCUUGGGGAGGAACUGGAGAAUUCAUGGACUCUUACGGGAUCGAACGGACGCCGGAGGGAUAUCAAGAGGCAAACGAAAUGGUGGAUACGAUGAGGGAGGCGGCGGAGAGGGAGGGUGAUAGUGGGAGGAGGAAGUGA